GGGUGAGAUAGCAACUUAAAGCUUAAUAAAUUGGAGUCAUCGGAUGAAGCAAUGUCAGUGUUCAUCCGUACAGAGUGUGUUGCGUGUUGCAGUUUAAAUACCAGUGUCAGUAGCUCUUAACGUUUUCAAGGGGCCUAACAUGUCUAAAAUGAAACUGCUGCUUAUAACAGCUAUGAUAUGGGCCACUGCGUCCGGAAGGCCCGAAAUGUAUAAAGAAAAUGAAGACUUCCAGUACUCAAGAAGUUCUACAGACGAAGGUUCAAAAUCAGGAUACUACGGAGCCCAAAGAGGUAACAUGGGUGGUAAUUAUGAGAGGGCCCAUAAUAUGGAUGGACUGGCUCAGCACCAAAUGAGCGGGCUUAUAAAACAAGUAGAUGGAGAGUUAGGUGAAGGUCAUAACACAAGAACUGGAGAUGUAUUCGCUGCAGCGAAUUCAAGGGGAACAUACGGAUCAGGAAAAUAUGAUCUCGGUAAUCUACAAGGUCGCAACUUCGGCGAGGGCACACAUGUCGACAAUUCACAUUCAUCUCUUUCAUCGCACAAUGCUGGAUACACUGGACAAUCAUCUUCACAUAGUUCUGGAUACAGCAGUAGUAGCCAAUUACAAAAUUCUAGAUAUUCCGGAUAUCAAGGAUCCGAUUCUUAUGGUCGCGGGUUACAAAGUAGUAAUUUGCAAUCGCAAGAUAAUAUGCACGCAGCUAGUGCGUAUGGAGCAAGAGAACAAUCGGGGUACAAUUCCGGGCAUUAUACACAAUCUGCUUAUCAGGGACAAGGUUCACUUGGAAGUAGCAAUGCUAAUCAAUAUAGUUCUAGCGUAUACCCACAAAACAGAUUAGUAUGGACUGUACCCGUAAGAGUGGUUGGAAGGCCUGGUUCUAGAGUUGCUAUUCCAGUGCGAGUAGAAAACUAUGAUGCAGCUCAGAGUGCUACAUCUUUUGAUCAAAAUGCAAUUAAGAGCGAAGCAGAAAUUCUGAAUAACGCUAAUACUCAAACUGAGUAUCAGCCUUCAAAGAGUGCUAGACGUUACGAAUCUUCAUAUAACUAUCGCAAGCAAUGGGAAAAACAUGACACGAAGCCUGAAGUUGUAGUACUAUCCAUGCCUACGGAAAAUCCUUUACCUGAAAACAGUGAGCUGCAUGAAGACGCUACAUCCUUAAACUCUCAUAAUGGCUACCAGGCGUCAAAUUCUCAUAAAAGCAACGUUCAAAGUGCCUAUAAUACGAAAUCUGAAUCUAGUCAGUCACGCCAAUAUUCAGGUUACAAUUCACAAUAUAGCGGUGCCAGUGGCGCUAAUUCAAAUGCUUACACACAAGAUACACACAACACCGGAUCUAGUGAUGUUGCGAAUGUUGUAAGUGAUGUGAACUCCAAACCUAAAAGUUACCAUUCUUCGUACUCAUAUCAUAAAUCGUGGGAGAGACAAGGGGAUCCCUAUGAAAUUAAACCAGUUGGUGAUGGCACUACAGGACUAGAAUCUCAAAGGCUGACGUCAGCGACAAAUAACGCACACACCCACGCACACACAAACAACCAAGGAUUUGCAUCACAUCGGUAUGGUAACCAAUACCAUCAGUCUCACCAAUCCUAUUCGUCCCAGAACGAUUUAGCCACUGAUUGCGUUGGAGAUGAUCAGGUCAGAGUAACACGUUCGGUUGAACAACAGUCGCAGCCUAAUUUGAUAGAUUUGGGAAAUCCAGGACAACAAACUCAAGAUCUAAAUCAAGGUUUCAGUCAGCCAGACGAGACGCACACUUGGAAUGAAAAUUUUAGACAGCAAGGUCAAGAUUUCAACAAACCAGAUUUCGGACAAGAAACUGAAAACUUGGGACAGCAAUCGCAAUAUAAUUGGGAUUCGAGUUUUAACAAACUAGAAGAUUUAGGACAGCAAAACCAAGAUUUGGGCCAGCGAACGCAAAAUAGCUGGGGUCAAGGUUUUGACAAACUAGAAGACUUAGGACAACAAAAUCAAGACUUCGGACAGCAAUCACAAAAUAACUGGAGUACGGGUUUUGACAAACUCCAAGAUUUAGGACAACAAAAUCAAGACUUAGGACAGCAAACGCAAAAUGGAUGGGGUCAGGGCUUAAAUAACCUAGAAGGUUUCGACCAGCACACACAAAACUUGAAACAACGAACGCAAGAUAGCUGGGUUCAAGGGUUGGAAGGGCAGUCACCGGACAUCCCAUAUCAAAGAGUAAAUCAAUGGGAUAACCUGCAGAAUUUGGGCCAACAGAGUAAAAGUGAGUGGAGCUUUUAAAAAGUGUAGAUUAGUGUAUGUGAUGUACGUAACCAGUGCUGAAUAUCAACGAGUUGUCACUAAUCCUAUUAGUUAAUUUAAUUUCUUCAGACUGUAUUACAUUAAUGUAUUAAAUGA